AUGAUUGGACGAACGUCACGUCACAAACUGCUGCAGCCUCACAGACACCGAGGUGAUGCCAACUACGACGAAGGCGUCGGUGGGAGAGGCUGGAGUUGGCGCUUCGCCAGGGUCGGCCAAGGUGGACCGAGGUUGUGGCGAAUUGCAGACGAUGGCCGAGUUUGCACCAACUGGCUGACACAACGGCGGCUCUCACACGACUCCGCGCAAUGCUCCUCCUCUCGGUGGUUGGAUGAAGACGAAAGGGUGGUCGGUGUGUCUGGAGAACCACCGCGGCAAACUGAGAGGUCAGGGAAAGAGGCGGUUUCGUCGUCGUCGUCGUCGUCGUUGUGGGCUGGUGAAAAACGCCUCUUCUUCCACCACUCUGCUCGCCUACCGCACAACACACGCGCUCUGCCGCGACUCGCCUCCCACGACGACGCUUGUCAAACCAGCACAAAUGUAGGUGCUUGUGACGCGUGUGGUGGCAGUCGCAGCAUAAUGGCCGCCCCACCGCCACCUCCACCACGACCACCCCCGAACAGUGUGCAGUGGGCGGGGAAUGGGGACAGCUGGGGGCAGCUUGUGGAUCCCAUCGUGAACACCCUAAUUCCACCACCCUGUUCUCUCACCUCACGACCCGGGACGCCAGAUCGUGUCUACGGCUACACGGCCUUCAGGCUUCGCCGUUUCCUUUCAUUCGGUUUUGUGUGA